CCUUGCCGGGAACGGGCGCCCCCCCUCCGAGGUCAACACCGAGCUAAUUUUCGUGUAAAGGCUGUUUUUCCAGAACUCAAUGACCCGUGCAGCAAAUCAACACCAGACCAGUUAUACCGAUAUUUCCGGCCUCACUGCAGACCCUGCUAUGAUGGCUGCUCUACUGGGUAUUUAUUCGGGGGCUCCCGGGCUGCCCCAGCAUUCGGCUUCACAGCGCCACUGAUCACUCGGAUGCGCUUGAGACUUGGGAACUCGGAUCGACAAGACCAAAACAACGAUGAAAGGCAUCUUCACCCUCGGACUCAGCCUGCUCUCCGUGGCCCAGGCUCUGCCUUCAGCGAAGGCCUCCGCCCGAGCCGACGGGACGCUCUUCUCCAUUGGCGGCAAGACGGGCUACGUCGCGGGCACCAAUUCGUACUGGAUCGGCUUCCUGACCAACAACAAGGAUGUCGAUACCGUCUUGGACCACAUCCACACCUCUGGGCUCAAGAUCUUGCGCGUCUGGGCCUUCAACGACGUGAACGCCAAACCCCCGUCCGACACCGUCUGGUUCCAGCUUCUCUCGUCGGCCGGCUCGCAGAUUAACACCGGCGCCGACGGCUUGCAACGUCUCGACUACGUGGUGCAGUCCGCCGAAAAGCGCGGCGUCAAGCUGAUUAUCAACUUCGUCAACAACUGGAACGACUACGGCGGCAUGAACGCCUACGUCAAGGCGUUCGGCGGCACCAAGGAGGGUUGGUACACCAACAGCCAGGCCCAGGAGCAGUACAAGAAGUACAUCAAGGCCGUGAUCAGCCGCUAUGCCAAUUCAUCCGCCGUGUUUGCGUGGGAGCUCGCCAACGAGGCCCGCUGCCACGGAUGUAGCACCGACGUUAUCUACAAGUGGGCGACCGACAUCUCAGCCUACAUCCGUAGCCUGGAUUCCACUCACAUGAUCACCCUCGGUGACGAGGGGUUCGGUCUGCCCGGCGACACCAGCUAUCCUUAUGGGUACAGCGAGGGUGUGGACUUUGUCAAGAACCUUGGCAUUAAGGACCUGGACUUCGGGACGUUCCACAUGUAUCCCGACAGCUGGGGCGUCCCAUACAGUUUCAGCGACGGCUGGAUUAAGAACCAUGCCGAAGCCUGCAAGGCCGCCAACAAGCCUUGUCUUCUCGAGGAGUAUGGCGCCUACGCCCGGUGUGAUAUCCAGGCGCCGUGGCAGCAGUAUUCCCUCUCGCUCGCCAACGAUGGGAUGGCGGCCGACAUGUUCUGGCAGUGGGGCGACCAGCUGAGCUCAGGCCCGUCACCCAACGACGGGAACACCAUCUACUACGGCUCCGCCAAUGCUACGUGCUUGGUCACGGACCACGUGAAGGAUAUCGAUGCUGCCUCCAAGUCGUAGGGACUGUAGUUGUCUCUUGGUAUCAAGCGACGGGUCCCAAGUAGCAGGAUUGUUAGGCGUGCUGUGGUGGUUACCGUGCUAGGUCCGCGGCCGGAAGUGGUGUGCCUCCUUGGCCUUUGAUGGUGAUGUUUGAAUGCCGCUCAGGGGGAGCAGGGACCCAGGGUUAAACGUACGGGUACGUUGCCUAGGGAAAUGGGGGUCACGGGGUCAAGUAAAAUUACCUUUCACCCGCUUUCUGGAUUAUUUAGGUAUCUUGGAUAGCCCAGACAAACCUCGGCGGCGAAAUUGCGCCGCAUCUCCG